AUGCCGUACACGAAUACUCCACCUGAAAUUCGUACCACCUCAGAUUCGUGGGGUGAUGCCUUUAAACUCUUCCUCAUGGGGCUAUUAUUGUACUGUCACUAUUUUGGAAACUCGGGCCGCUUAUUAUUAUUAAUAUUAAUAUUAAUAUUAUUAUUAUUAUUAUUAUUAUUAUUAUUAUUAUUAUUAUUAUUAUUAUUAUUAUUAUUAUUAUUAUUAUUAUUAUUAUAA